UCCUGCUAAAGAGACCUAUGUGUGGUACAAAAAUUUAUGAGGGAAUAUCCAUCCGGCCUGCAAACACUGCGUGAAUUUAAGACACUCUUGGGUCUGCAGGGUCUGAAUCAAAAGACCAAUCAACAUGUUGAUCAAGUCUAUAAUACCUUUGACAUGAACAAGGAUGGAUUUAUCGACUUUUUAGAGUUUAUCACUGCUGUAAAUCUAGUUAUAUGAGGAAAAAUGGAACAGAAAUUAAAAUGGUAUUUUAAGCUCUAUGAUGCUGAUGGAAAUGGUUCUCUUGACACACAGAAACUACUGAAUAGCCCAUGGUUGUACAAGCCCUCAAGGGCCAGCAAACUGAGUCCUGAAGAAUUUACCAACCUGGUAUUUCAUAAGAUUGAUAUAGACAAUGAUGGAGAGUUGACUUUAGAAGAAUGGCACAGAAAAAGAUCAGGAUCUUCUGGAGACUGUUUCCAAGAUCUUUGAUUUUUCCA